UCCGCCCGCCCUCCUGCCUCUGUCCGGGCCGCCCCUCCGCGCCACAUCGGUUCCGGUGCCGUCCUUGGGGCUCGGCUGGAAUCCCCAGCUGUGACGGAGCCGUGGCGGCGCGGCGCGGUGAUUGGGGCUGCGGGACGCCCGUCUGGGUGCCUCCGCUGCUCGGCCGUCCGGCGCCCUUCGCGCCGCCCCAGCGCCCCGCCGUCCCAGCGCAUCCUUGGGCGGCGCCGGGCGGCUCUCGGCGAUCUGCCGGCGCGCCGCUCUGCGCUGCAGCCGUGCGGCCACCCGCCGUCCGCCCGCGGAUGAGCCGUGCUGGCGGCACGGAGCGUGCGGUCAGUGUUUGUUACGGGCUUUUAUUCCGGUGCUGGAGGCGCGCUGCGCUGUCCCUCUUUUCCUUAGCUUUCUCUUCUUGCCCCCCUGCUCCCCUUUUAGCAGCACAUGAAUCAGCAGAUCCUUCCUGCGCUCGGCGGGAGCUGCCGCACCCCGCGGGCUGGGAGGGAAAUGAACACGCAGCGCUGUCCUGUGAUGCGGGAGCAGCGCUGCGCUGUGACGGGAGGACAGGGGGCCGCGGGGUGAUUUCUGUGCUGUCUGCAACUCGGCGUAGUCUGAAUAGCUGGGAAGUUCAGGGGAAAAAACUGGAGAACUGCUGCUUAUCUGGUGAGUGCCUGGUUGGUGGAACUCACAGCAGGGUCAGGUCCUGCCGAGGCCCCGGUGCAGGAUUUUCCACACGGCAGUGGUGUCAUCCUUGGAGAUAAUGCAAUUUGACCUCGGUUACCCAUCCAGAAUGUUUGUGCUCGUGUGGCCCAUCCCUGCAGAGCAGACCUUCCUCCCGGGCUCAAAGUCUGGAGGCUUCCAAGUCUUGCUCCUCAGAGAAGUAAACUGUAAAGAGCUUUGCUGUUAUUGGAGCUCAGAACAAAAAGCACUUUUCUGGAGACAGGAGGAGACGAGGCAUUAUUUGUGGUUUGUUUUUGUUUCUUCUUGGUUAUCUGCAGUAAGUGGAGAUGAAGGCUGAAGUUUGUAAUGUUAGAGAACUGUCUUGGUGGCUACAAAGAACAUUUUUUCCUGAGUCAGAAUGACUUUUGGAACGUCCUUAAUACUUUAGGAUCAUGUAGAAAUUGAACUGAGUUCUCCAUUUAUGCUGUUCAAAAUAUGCAGAUACGUGUGAGGGGAGUAAGUGGUGUCAGGCUGGUCUGUCAUCAGGUGACACAAGGAAAAUAAAAGUCUGUUAUGUGAGGUGGGUGGGCAGCGUGUGCCAAGGGCUUUCAGAAGGUGACAGGUGGGGUCCCUGCACACCUCUCCAAGUGUUUCAUUGCAGUGCAGGCUGUCAGAAGGGGAAAGAAAUGGAGCCUGGCAAGCAUGCUGUGCCACAGCACUGCCCUUGGGAGAGCCAGCAUGUCCUGUUUUCAUUAUCCAGCAUGAAAAGGUUAUCUAGAUGAUUGGGACAACCUCUUAAAUUAUUCCUGCUAACACUUACAGCUCAGCUGGGGUUUCCUUCCUGUAGAGCUUUCGCAUGCAUUACGCUGCAGUGCUGCUCCUGGAGUUGGUGGAGCAUCUGCAGGCUCAUUUGUUCUCUUUGAGAGGCCAGCUUUUUACGCAGGCAACAGUGACAGGACAAGGGGAAUGGUUUAAACUAAAAGAGGAGAGGUUGAGGUCAGAAGUGAGGAGGAAAUCCCCCCCUGGGGCGGUGAGGUGCUGUGCUGCCCCAUCCUGGAGGUGCCCGAGGCUGGGGGUGGGUGCUGGGCUGUGGGCAGCCAGCACACAGCUGGGAAGUGGAACUGACUCUGUGCACAGACUCUGGGGUUCCUUCCAACCCCAAAUGUUCUGUAAUCUCACCAAGGCUGCGUGGCAACGAAGGUCACAGCCCCUAUAAAAAGCUGUGAUUUCAGGCCAGCUGCUCUCGUACAACAUUUCUGUUUGGCAGAAGCCUGCCUUUGCAUUAACCCAAACCAGAAUUUUUGUUGGACUCUUCAUUACAAAUGGCAAGAAAAAGAGAUAAGGGUGUGUAGAUCUUUCUGUUUUCUUUCCCUUUUGACAGACUUGUUUUGGAGAAACGUGUGGGAGAGGAGCAUUUCCUGGCAGACUGUCUGUGUUUUACGUAAUUUGCUUUUGAGAGUUCUCAGCACUUGGCUUCCUUCCUUUCUGUCAGCUCGGCAGUCAGAUCCCACCCAGCCCAGAUGUGUGGCCGGUUUGGAUGAUCCUUCCUUUGGCACCACGGAAUGGAAUGCUCUCUUUUUUUGAUAGCCAACAAAAAUCUGUUUGUGCUUCUUCCCUCCUGCUGUUUCUGAAGCAGUGAGAGCGAUGUGCUGUGAAGGUGCCUUAUCCUCAGGCUCCCAGAGAGCCCCGGCGGGACAAAGCAGCCAAUCUGAUCAUGCUUUGUUGCUAGAAGUUAAGGAGGUGGAUGAGAGCCAGGGUACAAAGUGCAGAAGCAAGGAGGCCCGAUUCGUGGCUCAGAGAAACUGGAUGGCUUCUACGGUGAGCCUGGGCAAAGAAACAUUGUUGGAAGAUGGAAUGCCCCCUGCAAAAAAGCCCAGGAAGCUGUUGCCAAGCCUAAAAACCAAGAAGCCUCGGGAACUUGUUCUGGUGAUCGGAACAGGAAUCAGCGCUGCGGUUGCUCCCCAGGUCCCAGCUCUGAAGUCUUGGAAGGGUUUGAUCCAGGCCCUCCUGGAUGCCGCUAUUGACUUUGAUCUUCUGGAAGAUGAAGAAAGCAAAAGGUUUCAGAAGUGUCUCCAUGAGUACAAGAACUUGGUUCACGUUGCCCAUGACCUUAUCCAGAAGCUCUCUCCGCGCACAAGCAACGUUCGCUCAACGUUUUUCAAAGACUGUUUAUAUGAGGUGUUUGAUGACCUGGAAUCUAAAAUGGAAGAUUCUGGGAAACAGCUGCUUCAGUCAGUGCUUCACCUGAUGGAAAACGGGGCACUGGUGUUAACCACAAACUUCGAUAACCUGCUGGAACUGUACGCAGCACACCAGGGGAAGCAUCUGGAGUCCCUUGACCUGACGGAUGAGAAGAAGGUGCUGGAGUGGGCCCAGGAGAAGAGGCAGCUCAGCGUCCUGCACAUCCAUGGUGUUUACACCAACCCCAGUGGCAUCGUGCUGCACCCGGCCGGCUACCAGAACGUGCUGCGCAACACCGAGGUCAUGCGAGAGAUUCAGAAGCUGUAUGAAAACAAGUCGUUCCUGUUCUUGGGCUGUGGUUGGACUGUCGAUGACACCACAUUUCAGGCCCUGUUUCUAGAAGCUGAGAAGCACAAAUCAGACCUGGAGCACUUCAUGCUCGUGCGGAGAGGAGAUGUGGACGAGUUCAAGAAGCUCCGUGAGAACAUGUUGGACAAGGGGAUUAAAGUGAUUUCCUAUGGAGAUGAAUACACAGACCUGCCCGAGUACUUUGGGAGGCUGGCGAGUGAGAUCGCCACGCGGGGCCGAGCAGGUGUGCCCAACGAGGGACAACAGCUGAAUGGCUCCGCUGCAGCCCACACUGAGAUAACAGGAUGCAGCACGUGAGCCUCAACCCAGGAGUGAUGCUAUGGAUGCUCCCCACACCGCAGGCAACCUGCAGCACCAUGCGAGGGGAGGAGCAGCACCCUGCUCAGAGCUGCUGCCUGCCCACCGUGCUGAGCCCUGCCGAGCCAGGCAGGCACGAGCCAGAGAGCUGGGCCCGUCCUCACACAGAUGCCUGACAAUGUAGACUCUCCUUUUUACCAAGGGUGUGUUUGCUGGGGACUGUGAUCUCUCCACCUCAGCUGCUGCCUCCUGUAAUUUCAUACUUAAUGCCUUUGUAUUCUGUACUUUCACUUCAGAAUGAAACUUGAGCAGUUUUUGUUUUUGUUUUUUUACUUGAAGCUCUAGUUUUAUAGUCCUUCCUUUGUACUGUACAGUAUUUUGUAUGUUGAAGCUCCAAUUAAAGGUCUGUUCAGUUCCAUUACCCUUUUGGCUGCUGUUUGGUUUGUGUGCACACAUCGCAGCCUGAAGGCAGAGACGCCGGUCUGUCUCCCCCAUGAGGAGGAAAAGGGUCGUGGCUGAAGGCAGGCCAGUUGUACACAGAAAACAAAUUAUGAAGUUUAUUUAUAUAAAUUAUGUCUCUUAGCAGACAGCAUUCAAUUUAUUGCACUAGAGCACAUCUGCAAUACGGAGCUACAAGACAUCGUAAGAGAGUUUUGUAUUAUUCAAUGUAGCACUUUAGACCAGGAUCGAGAGGCACUCUAAAGGGGGGGAGAAAGGGUGCAGGGAAGCAGCAAGCAGCCACCACUGUCUUCCAGUAUUUUUUUUCUUUUGUUACAUAGUUGAGGCAGCAAACAACGCUGAGGCCAGCAGGCAGAAGAUCCCCAGGGGCACACCGCCCUCCAUCGCUGGCCGAUGGAACAACCAGCAUUAGCAGACCACACUGCUGCAGUUCUCUGGGUACCCUGCAGCAAGACCCCAGUGACAAAAGAAAUGGGGGCCAUAAGGCAGUUUAGCAUCUCCCCAGGAGCCCCUGCUUGCCCAGGACAGGGGCAGGCUGUUACAAUUUUUGGUUUAUCAACUUUGGUGAGCUGCUACAGCCAAAGUUAGCAGCACUAUGAACGGUCAGAUGGUCUAAUGCUGUCACUAAGCAGCAGCUGUCCCUGUUGUACGGUCUGCAAGAGCACAAAAGAGCAGCAUGGGGCUCAGUACCCACUUGCAGCACUGCCCAACAGUGCACAGCUGCUGCUAAUGACAGCACAGCCCCAAUGCACAGCAGGUCCUUGCAUUGCCACUUGGAUAGCAUGAACAAUACAAAGCUCUGGUUUCAGCCUCUGUAUGAGGGAGGCUGAAUUACUGGAACAGAACGAAGGAAUCCAGGGGAAGGGCUGUACUGAGCAAAGCCCCAUAACUGAUCAGGGAAGAAUGCUCCAAGUAGAGAAGAGAGCUUUCAUUUACAAAUACUCUGUAAUCAAUAAAUAUGGCAGGAGAGCAUGGACCUAACUGGAAUAAG